AUGGAGACCAUGACCGCCAACUACGCCAGUAUACCGCAUACAUCGCAGCCUUCGCGUUUCCCGGAUGCAUCAUCAUCGCGCAUGACGAACCCCACGUCAAAAGCGACGCGUACAGCGCACAACCACACGCCCGCCGACAUCCCGUAUUCCACGGCGCAAUCAUUCGAGGCACCUGCAAGCCAGGAAUCCAUCAUCAGUGUACAGAGUAGUGUUGGAAGCAGUAGAGCACCACACUUGCAGGGGAGCGAGGGCAACCUGUCGCAACUCACCAACUACACCGACUUAACAUCUCCGUCUUCCGGCGAACCGUUCAAGCAUACAAUUGAUUCUGGAGAGGACGCGGCACCGUCAAACACGUGGGACAAGUCACAUAUCAGUCGCGACGGAACGCCUGAGGAUGGCACGCGAAACAUGGUUGAUAUCGCGUUAGCAAGUCCCAUGAGCAUAACGUCACCAGCUGUGACGAAUGGCGCGAAGAGAACAGCCAGCGGACACGUCAAAAAUACCCCCAGCCUUUCCAGCACCCCAUACACUGCUAUGAUCCAAGGAUCUGGAUCGCGAAGAGAAUCCGUAUCAUCAACCAGUAGUCGCGCUGGGGAAAUGGCCGCCAACCUCAAAGCACGACUCGGCUAUGCAAUGGCCAAAGUACAGCACGGCUGGGAGCACAAGUCGCUGCAGGAAGUAGAGCAGCUCGCUGCAGAGAAAGCGGGAAUUAAUCGAUACAGCAUGCCCUCUCUCGAUCAGCCCCGGCCAGGCACCAGCGGUCUCAGCAAUGGUACUGCAGGCCUUUCCAUGUACGACAACAACUACGGCAGAGGCAAUCUCGAGAUAGAGCAACCGCCCUCGAAACGACACUCUGCUAAUUAUUCACAUCUGCUUCCGCUUUCCCAAUCGAUACAGACAUCAUUAGGACCCGCUCCACGCCUUCAACCCGCACCAGAUAUCCGACCUACGUCCAGCUCUGGAGCUAUAUAUCACCCCGGACUCGGUAAGGCCGUCCCUCAUUCUUACAGAGGAUCUGCGUCGUCGAAUGGACCUCGAAUCUCAACGAUACCCGACGAACGCUGAGCAGGUAGGAGGUUUUUCAGGGGAUGCCGCGUCGCGAUGGAAGUUUUCCAUCCUACAACCAGGAGCAAUAUUGCGCAGCCAAGGAGACUGGACUGGGAAGUUUUGCUAUCACCAAGGCGCCAUUGUUUCGCGAUGCCUUGGCUGGAGUCCGCUACUACUGGCCGUUGCGCUCGUUUUCCUGGGGAAUUCCCAAUUGUCCGCAAAUCAUCACAAUAAAGUCCUUUGAGUACAAGUUGCCCAGAUACCCGGUCGGACGCCCAGUCUUUAGUCUCGCCGUUUCACCCACGUGGGGGCAAGGAAGUCGCCGGGCUUAAACUUCGGGUCUCAAGAAAUCAGGCUGAGCCUCCCCAAACCACACGCCAAGACCAACACAAAACUUUCCACAUAAAACCUCAUGUCUACACUGCAACAAAAUCGCAAAAUCGCACACUUCUCCCAUCAUCAUGUCCCUCCUCACCCUAGCCUUCGCCUUCGCCGCCACCCUCACCAACGCCCUGGACCCCUCCUGCACCUACACAACCACCACCCGCCACUCCAUCCCCAACGUCCUUUUCAACUGGGGCCAAGCCUGGAGAGGCAACUGGACGGCCUGGAACGAAACCGUGCUCCCCAACGUCGCCUUCUACACAGACCGCAUCCCCAUCCCUUUCAACUCCCAAAUUUC